UGGAAAUUAACCCAACUUAAAAGGUUUUUAUAAUUAUACCCAUUUUUCGCGCACGAGGAUCCCUCUUCUCAAAACAAGAGGUUACCUCGGCUUUGCUGAUUUGGGUUUACACUUUACAGCGCUCAUUGCUGGUUGGAGUGUCAGUAUUUUCUUUGAAUUCAGGCGAACGACGACGAACGUAACUAGGGCCAUCACUCCCGUGUGUAGUUCCCAGUGUGUAGCUGUAGCGAAUACAUGAUGAAACGAAUGAUGCCAUGGAGCGACGAUGAUGAUGAUGAUUCUUCAUCUGAUGAGUCUUCAAGUCCUGAUUCAGAUGCUUCCGAUAAUGAAGAAAAACCAAAAAAGAACAAAAAGAUCGUUUCUGGUGGUGGAUCUGGAUCUGGAUCUGGAUCAUCCAAAUCUAAAGUUGAAUCUGUAAAGCGGAAGAGCAAAGGGAUAGACUUUGAAGCGCUGAGUCAGCACGGGUAUCGGGGCGGGUUAUCGGUCCUAAAAGUCCCUCCACCAAAAGAAAACGACAAGGACCGUGAUUGGUCGUGGUCAACCGGGCAGGGGCAGGACAGGCGGGCAGCAAAUGAGACGGAAGAGAGCUACCAAGAUCGACAGAAGACGAGAGCCAUGUUGCUUGAAGGAGAACAGUUGGUUCAUGCACCAACACAGAAAGAGAAAAACUUGUUAAGUUUCUCACAGAAGGAAAAGAGGAAAAGGGAUAUGGGGCAGGCUAGUAGGGGUAAAAGCUAUGUUGAAGAAGAGAAGAGAUUGUUGAGGGAAAAUGGGAUUUACUCUGGUUUUGAUGCUUGACACUUUAUGAUGUACAAUUACAGUUACAAACUGGUGAUGUAACAUGCAUCUUACACUUGUACCCAUGCCAUUUGUCCUUGUACUCUUUCAACUUAUGGGGAAAAAAACAAGUAUUGCCUUUGAACUUGAUUUUGAUUACUCU